AUGUCAACUAUCACCGAGAACCCGGCGUCCCCCAACGCCAUACCCAUUCGUUACAGCUCUGCUGGCGUGCCAAAUGGCAUUCAGCAUCAAGCCUCCAAAUCCGUACUCAAGCCUCUCCCAGAAGAUAGCUGGAUCGCCCAGAAACAUCACUCCUUGCCGCCUCAACUGAGCCCUCCUGUCUCUGACCCGCCAAAUGGGCUCAGUCGAAGACACUCCAAAAAGAAGUCACUCCCAGAGAAUCUGACACCGAGAAAGAUGGGCGAUUGGACACCACAGAAAGAGAAAAUCAUUCUCGGCCCUUACGACUACCUGUUUGCCCAUCCCGGUAAAGAUAUUCGAUCGGCUCUCAUCAAGGCCUUCGAUGCAUUCCUCCACGUCCCCUCCAAGUCUCUGGACAUUAUCACCGGAGUUGUCGGCAUGUUGCAUACAUCUUCCCUUUUGAUCGACGAUGUGCAGGACGGCAGCCAGCUACGACGAGGUAUCCCUGUCGCCCACAAUAUCUUUGGAACCGCCCAGGCCAUCAACAGUGCCAAUUAUGUCUACUUCCUUGCUCUUCAAAACCUCCAGCACCUGACAAACAAGGAUGAAGCCAUUGAAAUCUUCACCACAGAGCUGCUCAACCUCCACCGUGGCCAAGGCAUGGAUUUGUACUGGAGAGACACUUUGACCUGCCCCACCGAAGAUGAUUACUUGGAAAUGGUUCAGAACAAAACCGGCGGUUUGUUUCGUCUGGCAGUCAAGCUAAUGCAAGCGGAAUCCGGCGAGAAAGGUCGCAUCGAUUGCGUCCCUCUCGUCAACUUGAUGGGCCUAAUCUUCCAGAUCUGUGACGAUUACCUCAACCUCUCCUCAACGAUAUACACCAAGAACAAAGGCUUGUGCGAAGACCUGACAGAGGGCAAAUUCUCCUUCCCGGUCAUCCAUUCCAUCCGAAGUAAUCCAGGGAACCUUCAACUCAUCAAUAUCCUAAAGCAAAAGACCACGGAUGAUCAAGUCAAGAAAUAUGCCGUGAGCUACAUGGAGAACACCGGUAGCUUCGAAUAUACCAGGCGUGUGGUUAAGGAAUUGAAGGAAAAGGCAGCGACGUUGAUAUCUGAGAUGGACGCCGGCUCGGGCAAAGGCGAUCAAGUCAAGUUAAUUCUGGAUCGCAUGGACGUGGAGUAA